AUGCUCACUUUUCAUAAUGUCUGCUCAGUACCCAGCUCCUUCUGGCUCACUGGAAUCCCAGGGCUGGAGUCCCUACACGUCUGGCUCUCCAUCCCCUUUGGCUCCAUGUACCUGGUGGCUGUUGUGGGGAAUGUGACCAUCCUGGCUGUGGUAAAGAUAGAACGCAGCCUGCACCAGCCGAUGUACUUUUUCUUGUGCAUGUUGGCUGCCAUUGACCUGGUUCUGUCUACUUCCACUAUACCCAAACUUCUGGGAAUCUUCUGGUUUGGUGCUGGUGACAUUGGCCUGGAUGCCUGCUUGGGCCAAAUGUUCCUUGUCCACUGCUUUGCCACUGUUGAGUCAGGCAUCUUCCUUGCCAUGGCUUUUGAUCGCUACGUGGCCAUCUGCAACCCACUACGUCAUAGCAUGGUGCUCACUCAUACAGUGGUGGGUCGUUUGGGGCUUGUUUCUCUCCUCCGGGGUGUUCUCUACAUUGGACCUCUGCCUCUGAUGAUCCGCCUGAGGCUGCCCCUUUAUAAAACCCAUGUUAUCUCCCACUCCUACUGUGAGCACAUGGCUGUAGUUGCCUUGACAUGUGGCGACAGCAGGGUCAAUAAUGUCUAUGGGCUGAGCAUCGGCUUUCUGGUGUUGAUCCUGGACUCAGUGGCUAUUGCUGCAUCCUAUGUGAUGAUUUUCAGGGCCGUGAUGGGGUUAGCCACUCCUGAGGCUAGGCUUAAAACCCUGGGGACAUGCGCUUCUCACAUCUGUGCCAUCCUGAUCUUUUAUGUUCCCAUUGCUGUUUCUUCCCUGAUUCACCGAUUUGGUCAGUGUGUGCCUCCUCCAGUCCACACUCUGCUGGCCAACUUAUAUCUCCUCAUUCCUCCAAUCCUUAAUCCCAUUGUCUAUGCUGUUCGCACCAAGCAGAUCCGAGAGAGGCUUCUCCAAAUCCCAAGGAUAGAAAUGAAGAUUAGAUGA